CCUUGCUCACCGAAACCCCGAAAACGCGCGUCCCUCUUUCGCUGCAUGGCGAGGCUCCGUCGCGGAAGUGGCAAUCCCCGCUCCGCGGAUCGCUCUCUCGGCCAGGGCCUCUCGUGGAGUGGCGAAUGUGGAGUAGAAUCGCGGCAUCACGUCGUGCCAUGGAGUAACGGAGCGGACGCGGAAUAGAACGUAUCGCGUGUCGUCUCAGCUCCUCGCAUCCUCACGGCUCCGAGAGUCGAAGCAAAACGUGAAGAAACGCGGCAGUCGCGUGUCGACCAGCCACCCAGCAGGACGAGUCACUCGGACGUAGACCGAGUUGGUGCGCGUCUCUGUCGGCCUUUGCCUCCGCGAGCGAAACUUCCUCGGAGAAUUGAUGACUGAGAAGGUCCAUAAGGACGAUCGUCGCACACGCGCUUCAACGCCUAGUACCUUGAGGAACAUUCCACGUGGCGGCGCCGUUGAUUCGAGCAAAAUUGCACCGGGCACGAUGUCGUAAAGUCGCGUGACAACAAGUUCGAUUGCGAUACGCGUCGAGGACCGAUUGUUAGCAAUCGGUUAGCGGGAAGAUCGAUCGUUCGCGGGGAUUCUCAGCGGUUCGAAGUCGCUCCACGCGAAUUUUCGUGAACUUAUACGUCCCAAAAACGUUGUUUAACCUUGGUCUUCGCAUUUCGGGCAAGAGUGAAAUAUAGAGUGAAUGAAUUUGAUAAGUGAUCGUCGUCGGACUACGUCGGCAACGUUAUUCGGGAAAAGGUUCGCCGACAGAUUAUCUUUCUGCCGAUGGGACGCAGCACGUGAGCGACGCGGCCACGCGGACCCAUCCACUUGAUCGUCGCCGGCGAAAGAAAAACCACGCGGAAAAGGCCCGAUUUCGAAACGAGCGACAGGAUGCCGAAGGAGAACAUGUGGCGGCAGAGGAGAAUACUCGUUCCCAAGAGGACUAUCGAGCUGAUCGCUUUGAUAGCGAUCUCCAGUACGCUUUUCCUCUUCCUGCACACGAGGGAUUUGCACUCGCGUCUGAAGAAGAUGGAGGUCCGUCUACAGCCAGGAGAAGAUGAUGUGCUCUCGGCCAAUCAACUUUCUUCCGAAGGUGUUCAAACGGACUCCAAUCCGAAUGGAAUUGUCCAUUACUCGAGUGGGCAACGUAUUAUUACAGAAAAGUACGCUGAGUCCGAAGCCCUCGACAUCGACGUGCUCAACAACACCAAGCGGGCUGACCGAGAGGUGCUGUUCUUUAACCGCGUGCCGAAAGUCGGCUCCCAGACAUUCAUGGAGUUACUGAGGAGGCUGUCGAUAAGGAACACGUUCUCGUUCAAUAGGGACCGCGUCCAGCGAGUCGAGACGAUACGUCUCGCGCCGAUCGAGCAGCUCCAGCUCGCCAGGAUGGUCAGCAGUUACUCGGAACCAUCUGUCUAUGUGAAGCAUGUCUGCUUCACUAACUUCACAGACUUCCAUCUGCCGGAGCCGAUUUACAUCAACAUAGUCCGUGAUCCCGUAGAGAGGGUUAUAUCUUGGUACUAUUACGUAAGAGCGCCAUGGUAUUAUGUCGAGAGGAAGCAGAUCUUUCCGGAUUUGCCACUGCCUGAUCCAAAUUGGCUCAAGAAGGAUUUUGAGACGUGCGUUCUCAAGGGUGAUCGUGAAUGUAGAUACUUGCAAGGCGAGAUCCAUGAGGGCAUCGGUGAUCAUCGCAGACAAACUCUUUUCUUCUGUGGACAUAGCGAAAAGUGCACUCCCUUUAACACGGUGGGUGCUCUGGAGCGUGCGAAGCUGGCGGUAGAGAAGCAUUACGCAGUAGUUGGUGUGCUGGAAGACAUGAAUACAACUCUUACAGUAUUAGAGAACUACAUACCGCGAUUUUUCCAAGGAGCUACUGAUGUUUAUUAUGACCAAGUAAACUCCUUCAUGAGGAUCAAUCGAAACUUCUUCAAACCGCCAGUCAGCGAAGAAGUGAAGAACCUGGUGCGCAGCAAUUUCACUCGCGAGGUCGAAUUUUACCAAUUCUGCAAACAACGACUCUACAGGCAAUACAGAGCUCUCAAAUUAGCCUCCACUGUUCCUGCGUCCGCAAAUAACCAUCUGUAAAAGAGGACAUCUUUGUGUGACUAAUUAUUGUGCAAGAACAUUUCUAUAAAAUAUUUCCGCGAUUGCUGUAACAAUAUCGUGAUAUCAAAGACAACUUAUCGUCUGAAUGUAUAAUAUAUUCAUUCAGCGAAAUGUUUGUGAAGCUACGAUGGAAAGGCAAAAGCUGACGAGAAUACGAGUGAAGAUUUGUCAUUUUAUAUCCAAGCUGUUGUGACGUGGAUGCAUGCGCAAUUCAAAAAUAGAGACGCUCUCGACGAGUGCCGAAGAAUUUUUGCGAGCGAAUGUGUCACACCGCUAUCUGUUUAACGGCUGUUUGCGUAACUACGUGAGUUCACGACGCAUUUAUCAUUAUGGGGAUAUGUUGCGAUGAUCGACGUGUUCGUGAGAUGGUUUCUUCAUUCCGUCGGCGACGACAAAAACGCGACAAAGACUGCAAAAUAGCGACGCUUUUCACCACAAAGUACUUACGAUCACACAGCAAGUGUACAGGGUAACCGUAGAGCAUCGUUUUGUAAAAGGAAAUGUGAAAUACGUUUGUACUUUCAUCGACGUACAAUCAUUUGAAAUAAAAUGCUGCCAUUUUAGAAAAAGAGCGAUUAAAUUUCUUAUUUGUUUAAUUACUUUUUUCUUGUCGCACUUGAUAUUAAGUGGCAAAAUGUUGCCCUACCCGCUUCCGUCGUGUUACUAAAAAAUAAAGGCUUUAUCUAGUGUACGUCAUUAAGUUGUAUAAUUUAGAAAUAAAAAUGUGCUUUUAA